GAACUUUGGACAAUAAGACUAUUAAAACCGCUUGGGGCAGUUUUUACCCCUGCAGACGGGUGUCCGAGUCCGGUACAAAUAACAAUAGCUCUACUCGCGAGGUCGGUCCUAUAACUGGAGGGAUUGGAGAGAGUUAGAGGCACGGUGGUCGGUCACAUAGCAACAGCUGACGACGGCUCAAGACUUCGUUUUAUAAUCGGAAAGCGAAUUGUUAAUCACUUCAUUUUAACGUCGUAUAAUCACAGUAUCGAGAGCUAACCUCUUAACACCGACAUACACACACAAAACAUGGCUUCAUUGUUUCCAUCCAAACCACGCAAGACAGAGAUGACGUAUUGGUCGCGGGACGACCCGGUCAGUUUGGUGAAGGGGCCCACGGACCACUGGACCAAGAUGAAGCUAGGGAUUAACACGGUUCAGCAGUCGCCCAGAAGCAAACUACCCUGGGAUGAUCCAGGUAUGAAGAUGUCGUGGCAGUUCCAGGGGCCUGCAACUCAUUCAGCAUGGCGACCCAACAACCGACUGUCGCCUCUCGACUUGGACAACUGUUACCAACACAGAGCUAAGGAAGGCUUCCGUUACUGGCUCAUUGAGAGACCAAAGCCAACUCUGUUUGGACGAUACGGCUUGGGAUCACACAAGACGGUACUCGGAAUUGGAAACGCUCCAAGAACGUGAUGUCCCGAGGAAGUCACAGUGAUCGUGUUACACGAUUUAUAAUUACUAUUCAACAACGAACAUUUUAUUUUCCUUGAAACAUGUGUCAGGCAAGAUCACUUACGUCAGAAUCAAAACAAUGUGCUGUAUUUAAUACUUUUCAAAAGAAAAAUUAUACAGUAAAAUCUUUAUGUGAACAGAAUGAUAAGAUAUUAUCAAUGUUUGCGGGGUUAUUGUUUGGUGGGGGGGUGGGGUCCGGGGAUUUGUUUUGUGUUGGCUUUUUCCCUAAAAGGAACUGGAGAUGGCUUUAGUACUGACGAAUUGUAAAGGAAUAUCUGCUGCAAGUAAUUUUGUUUGUUUUUUAUGUUGUCAUUUUAUGAAAUUUAUAAUUUGAUGGGCGUUUUUUAUCUUGUUAUCGUCACCCACUAGUUUCUAUCUAAUAGUUCGAGGUAAACGUAGUGUCAAAGGGUGUUAUGCAGUAUUCAGUUAUGCAUUUAGGUCAAGCGUGAGUUUGUUCAAACGUGUUCAUUGAAGUUCUAGAUCUGAUUGUAAUCCGUGUGUCAGAUGGGGUUUUUUUUAACGUCUGUGUCUCGCCUGUAACAUGUUGAAUCUAGAUCAACGUUUUAUCGCGGUUUUUGAUAGUGGUAGUGUUCACUUGUGAAUAAGACCAUCAAAACCUAUGACAAGCUUGCUGAUGCCUAAGAUAAUGUAAUCCAACUUAAGUCUCACUGCUGAAUAGCUUUUGAAAUAUACCUGAUAAGAUAGUUUUGUUUCCUUACUUUGUCUUUCAGUUUUUUUCUGGAUUUUCUUCUUCUUCUGUUUUUUAAAUUUUCGAUUUUUAAUUUCUUCUUGUUUAAGUUAGGAAACAUGCCAACGAAACUCCUUUCACGUUUCCGCUCGUCUCAUCUUGAUUUGCCUUACUGAAAGCUUAUAUUGGUUAUUUGCCUUCCCAGGAGUGAAAAACUAAAAAUAGGGGCCGACUCUGGGUCUAACAUUCUUUCUCAAUACAAAACGUAAUAUGGUGGUACUAUUCCUUCUUUCUCUAUUUGUGUUUCCCUCGAUUCCAAUUCGUGCAUAUUUUAACCCUCUCACUUUUAAUCUCUAUUUAUGAAGGACAUAACAUUAUCGCAGAAUAUUGAUGAGUUGAUUUUUUUAUAAUCUCAUUUUCAUAUCUACUCUUGAGUUUCAAGUGACGCUGUUAAAUCACGGAUAUAUAGUAAUCGGUGGCGGAUUUAGGCGGGCUGACGUGGCACAGGCCUCCCUUUUUGUAGCGAACCUGUUGUUCCUCAUUUAUAUUUAGUACCUAUAUUAUAGUUCUGACCCCCCCCCCCCCCCAAUCACAAAAUACUUGAUUUGCCCCUGUAAAAGAAAAAUCUUUUUUAUUGUUUAGUCUUUCAAAUUCUAAAAUCAUUAGUGUUUUAAACUUCUAUAUAAAUGAAUAUACUAGUAAUGUCGCUUUAGUUCUUUCAUUAAUGUUAAACCGUAAUUUAUACAUUGCUAACUGCGUCACUGUCCAAAAAAGAGCAAGAGUUUAUGUACAGUUCAUGUAUAUAUUUAUUUAUUUAUUUAUGUACCUGUAUCAUAUUAUGUUAUAUAUUUUGUGAUUAAUUUAUAACUAUUUUGAUCUUUAAAAAAUAUUUUAUCCGUCCAUAGAUAAUAGAAAUGUAAGGUGCGUUAUCAUUUGUUCGACUUGUGAUUGCUUCAUUUACCAUCUGAUGUGAUUGCUUCAUUUACCAUCUGAUGUGAUUGCUUCAUUUAUCAUAUGGUGUGAUUGCUUCAUUGCUUUUUAAAAUAGAAAAAAUAACAUAUAAAUAUUUGUGUACACAAACGUGCACGUGCAUGCACACACACGAAUAUACGCGCACGCGCGCGCGCACACACACACACACACACACACACA